AUGUGGGGGCCUUGUCCAUUCGCCUUCCUGCGCCGCACAGCAUGUGCUUCGCGCUGCGCAAGAGGUCCCAGCGUCGCAGUGGAGGGUUGUGAGCGCCGCGGCAGUGAUUGGAUGAGUCGGGGCCUACGAGCGGAGCUGGCCGGAGGUGACUUUCAUUCAAGCGGGGCAUUGGGGUGCUGCGUCAGACCCAACUCGAGAAAUGCUGUACGUAUUUCACCGAACUUCAUCAGAGAGAAACUGGGAGCAUCAACAUCGUGA